CAUGUGAAAAUUUGAAACAAUCUAUUCAAUAAAAAAAAUAUACCGUAAACUUAUUUUGUUUUAAAAAUUGAUAGACACAUAUAUAUUACAAUAUAUGCCAAUUUAGAAUUAAAAAAAUAUUUAUAUAAAAAUAAAUGAAAAGACGGUUGCACGGAUCGAGAUCUAGUUAGUUAUAUUAUUGCUAGUGCUUUCAAUAACCAAAAUGAUUUUCUUGUUUCAUAAAAAUUGUCCUUCUGAUAUUUUACUUGCAGACUAAAUAAUUUUGUUAAUAUACAUAUAUACUUCCUAUGUAAUAUAUCAUCUAUUAAUUGAUAACUAUUUUAUACUAAAAGAGUUUAGCUUCAGUAAUAUAGGGAAUCAGAACAAUGUCAUAUUAAAAUAUCGAACAAAAUUUUGGGAAAUAAUCCUAAAAUCAUAUAUUUUAAAAUAAAAUAUUUAGACAAAACAAAAUCUUUUUAACAAAAGCUGUAAGAAAAUACAAUACAUUUUGCAAAAGGUCAGUUGAACACUCCAAAUCCAAACCAAUACUGUAUUGGAAAGUGUAUAACCCAAUUGUCCUUUCUCAAAAAAAAAAAGGUGUACAACCCAAUUUUUUCCUCAAAGAAAAAUUAUUACCCAAUUUAAAAUAUUUUCAACGUAUCAAAGAAAAAAUCAAUCGCUAUUUUUGUCAUAUACUUGAGACAAAUGGGUAUUUAUUUAAUAAUUUCCUCAAAAAAGAUAAUAUUAAAAAAAGUCAAAAAAACACAAGAGAACUAAAAGAGAGGAUCCAAUUGAAAACCGGAUUAGAUAUUUACUAAAUCAAGCCUUUGCCUCCUCAAAACCCCCAAAAAAGGAGCAAACUUUGAAUGGAUCCUUGACCAACUUCAUCACCAUUACACUCCCAAAAGGGUGGUUCUUCAUCACGACACCCUCUUCGUCUAACAACAACAACAAACCCAGACAAAUGGCUGGUUCAUCAACCAAGAGGUUUCCUCUCUACGCUAAGGACUACGAGCUCUUCGAGGAGGUGGGAGAAGGUGUAAGCGCCUCAGUGUACAGAGCUAAGUGCAUUGCUCUUAACGAGAAUGUCGCCAUUAAGAUUAUGGAUCUUGAGAAAUGCAGAAACGAUUUGGACACAAUAAGGAAGGAAGUUCACAUUAUGAGUUUGAUUGAGCAUCCGAAUCUGUUGAAAGCGCAUUGCUCUUUCAUAGACCGUAACACCUUAUGGAUUGUGAUGCCUUAUAUGUCUGGUGGCUCAUGUUUUCAUUUGAUGAAAACUGUUUAUCCUCAAGGUUUUGAGCAACCUAUCAUUGCUACUUUGUUGAGGGAAGUGCUUAAAGCUCUUGUUUAUCUUCAUAGACAAGGUCACAUCCAUAGAGAUGUUAAGGCUGGGAACAUACUGGUUCACUCGAGAGGUGUAGUGAAACUAGGAGACUUUGGAGUUUCAGCGUGUAUGUUUGAUAGCGGUGAAAGGAUGCGUACAAGGAACACAUUCGUUGGAACUCCUUGCUGGAUGGCACCUGAAGUUAUGCAGCAAGUAGAUGGAUAUGAUUUCAAAGCGGAUAUCUGGUCCUUUGGCAUAACUGCACUGGAGCUAGCUCAUGGUCACGCCCCAUUUUCAAAAUUUCCACCUAUGAAGGUGCUAUUAAUGACCUUACAAAAUGCUCCUCCUCGACUUGACUAUGACAGGGAUAAGAAAUUCUCAAAGUCGUUUAGAGAGUUGAUCGCAGCCUGUUUGGUUAAAGAUCCAAAGAAGCGUCCAACCGCAGCAAAGCUUCUGAAGCACCCUUUCUUCAAACAUGCACGGUCCACAGAUUAUCUGUCCCGUAAAAUUCUACAUGGUCUUUCUCCACUUGGUGAACGUUUUAAAAAGCUCAAGGAGGCAGAAGCUGAGUUGUUUAAAGGCAUAAAUGGUGACAAAGAACACGAGUACAUGCGAGGGAUUAGUGCUUGGAACUUUGAUCUACAAGACUUGAGGAAGCAGGCAUCACUUGUAAGUAAGAAUCCAGAUAAUGAAAUGUGCAGUUCAGAGACUCGGGAUGUUAAAGAGGUUGAUGCACCAAAGAGAAACCCAAUGAUACAAAGGUCAAAGACUAUGUCUUUGGAGAUGUUCAAAAUCUCAGACAAGGAUCUGAUGAGUGCGAGUAAUAGUCUAACAAUAGGUCCAUUACUUCCUUCAUUUCGUCGCAAGUUCCUCCCUGCUAUUGGAUAUAAAGUUGGCAUCCUUUCUGAUGAAAGCAAUGCAUGUUGCAAAAGAGCUGCAGAGGCCCUCGCUCUUGAAGAGCCCAAUCAACUAGAGCUAUUAGCGGUGGAUAGCAAGCAGACACCUGCUCUUGAAGAGCUACAUCAACUAGAAGAACCAUUAGCGGUGGAUACCACCAAGCAGACACUAGCUCUUGAAGAGUCACAUCAAGUAGAGCCAUUAGCGGAGAAACCAAAAAAUGGCUACAGAGUUGGUUCUGUGAGCCGGGCGUCUUGCACAGCAAAUGAAGUCCUACCACUGUUACAGAGUCUCCUGGUUCAGAAUGACAUUCAGAGGGAGAAAGUAAUCAGAUUGAUUAGAUUUUUUGAUGGAACUGUCUCCGAAACUCAAAAUCCAACCUCGAAAAACGAAGCAGUGCAGAUAUAUCCAUCAAGGGAGAGAGAACUACAAUCUCAAGUUACUUUCUUGGAGCAAAGUGUUGAGAUACUUGUAGAGGAAGUGAAGAGAAGAAAAGGAAUAAAUGAUCAGCUAGAAGAACAAAUCAGAUCUCUAACUAGCAGCAUCAGCAGGAGGAGCAAUAGCAGAUCAGGAGCUUAAUUAACCAUCCUCUUUUUGUCUCUUCCAAGAGAAGGAGGGAGACUAUUCUUUUUUUUGUAUUCAAUUUUCAAUAAUAUUCAUAAUUAUGUAGAAUCACACUUUUAUUCUACAAAAUAAAUUAAAUUAGAUUAUAUUUUCACAAACCUUUUUAAGGUAUGUAUAUAUAUAUAUUGACUUAUGCUAUA